AUGCGGCUGGUCUAAUUAAUCCGAAUUUCUCCGUGUGCAAAUUUUGCCAACCGGUUUGUCGGCGAUCUGCAAUUGUUUUUAUGAUGACUUAAGCUGAAAUCGCUCUACACAAACAACACCACUCAUCACGAUGCCCAAUCCACUGUGGUUCAUCUUCUGGCUGUUGGUCUUCUGGUUCGUCUCCUUCUUUGUGGCAUUCUUCUGCGCCUUUUUCUACAUCUGGGUUUACGCAUUCGCCUCCUGCAUUCCCGCCUUGACGGGCAUAUCGGACAUUCUGCUCCAGGGAGUCCAGUUUCCGUUCUAUUGCGGGAAAGCCAUGUUGGAGGGCAAACAAGCAUUCUAAGGGGGAGCCUUCUCCAAUAUCAAUAAACUAAGUGCCUUACUGAUAACUCUUGUUUUCAAUCAUUUUUUACAAUUUUACAAAUAAAGAUUUAUUAACUUAUACUAAUAA